CCCCCGGGGCUCUGCCUCGCCAUGGCCGCGGCCUCCUCCCCGCCCGAGGCCGAGAGGAAGCGCUGGGGCUGGGGCCGCCUGCUGGGCGCCCGGCGGGGCAGCGCGGGUCCGGCCAAGAAGUGCCCGUUCUCGCUGGAGCUGGCCGAGGGCGGCCCGUCGGGGGCCACGCUCUACGCGCCCAUCGUGCCGCCCGGAACCCCCGGGCCUGCGACCCCGGGGUCGCCCCCCGCACCCCCUGCUCCCGACCCGGGCCCGCGGCCGCCAGUGAGCCUCGACCCGCGCGUCUCCAUCUACAGCGCGCGCCGCCCGCUCUUGGCCCGCACCCACAUCCAGGGCCGCGUCUACAACUUCCUCGAGCGCCCCACGGGCUGGAAGUGCUUCGUGUACCACUUCACCGUCUUCCUCAUCGUCCUGAUCUGUCUCAUCUUCAGUGUCCUGUCUACCAUCGACCAAUAUGCAGCCCUGGCCAUCGGGACCCUCUUCUGGAUGGAGAUUGUCCUGGUGGUAUUCUUUGGGACGGAGUACGUGGUCCGCCUCUGGUCUGCAGGCUGCCGCAGCAAGUACGUGGGCAUCUGGGGCCGGCUGCGUUUUGCCCGGAAGCCCAUUUCCAUCAUUGAUCUCAUCGUCGUUGUGGCCUCCAUGGUUGUCCUCUGUGUGGGCUCCAAAGGGCAGGUUUUCGCCACAUCAGCUAUCAGGGGUAUCCGUUUCCUCCAGAUCCUGCGGAUGCUGCAUGUUGACCGUCAGGGCGGCACCUGGAGGCUCCUGGGCUCUGUGGUUUUCAUUCACCGUCAGGAGCUGAUUACCACCCUGUACAUUGGCUUUCUGGGCCUCAUCUUCUCCUCUUACUUCGUCUACCUGGCUGAGAAGGAUGCGGUGAAUGCGUCAGGUCAAAUUGAGUUUGGCAGCUACGCGGAUGCACUGUGGUGGGGGGUGGUCACAGUCACCACCAUUGGCUAUGGAGACAAGGUGCCGCAGACGUGGGUCGGGAAGACUAUCGCCUCCUGUUUCUCUGUCUUCGCCAUCUCCUUCUUUGCGCUCCCAGCGGGGAUACUUGGCUCUGGGUUUGCCCUGAAGGUCCAGCAGAAGCAGCGGCAGAAGCAUUUCAACCGGCAGAUCCCGGCCGCAGCAUCACUUAUUCAGACUGCAUGGAGGUGCUAUGCUGCUGAGAACCCGGAUUCAUCCACCUGGAAGAUCUAUGUCCGGAAGCCUGCCCGGAGCCACAUUCUGUUGUCCCCCAGUCCCAAGCCAAAGAAGUCUGUCAUGGUAAAGAAGAAGAAGUUCAAGCUGGACAAGGAUAACGGAGUGAAUCCUGGAGAGAAGAUGUUCACAGUCCCCCACAUCACCUGUGAUCCCCCAGAGGAACGGAGACUGGACCAUUUCUCUAUUGACAGCUAUGAGAGCUCAGUAAGGAAGAGCCCCACGCUGCUGGAAGUGAGCACACCCCACUUCUUGAGAACAAACAGCUUUGCUGAGGACUUGGACCUAGAAGGGGAGAUGCUGCUGACGCCCAUUACCCAUGUGUCACAGCUGCGAGAACACCAUCGGGCCACCAUCAGGGUCAUCAGGCGAAUGCAGUACUUUGUGGCCAAGAAGAAAUUCCAGCAAGCACGGAAGCCCUAUGACGUGCGAGAUGUCAUUGAGCAGUACUCCCAGGGCCACCUCAACCUCAUGGUGCGCAUCAAAGAGCUGCAGAGAAGGCUGGAUCAGUCCAUUGGGAAGCCAUCCCUGUUCACCCCCAUCUCAGAAAAGAGCAAGGAUCGCGGUAGCAACACCAUCGGUGCCCGCCUGAACCGGGUAGAGGACAAGGUGACGCAGCUGGACCAGAGGCUGGUGGUCAUCACAGAUAUGCUUCACCAGCUGAUCUCCCUGUACCAGAGCAGCCCCGCCUGUGGCAGCAGGCACCAAGUAGUCCAGUCCGGUGGCGAAGGCGACGCCAUCAAUCCUGAGCUAUUCCUGCCCAGCAACACCCUGCCCACCUACGAACAGCUCACCGUCCCCCGGAGGGGCCCUGAUGAGGCCUCCUGAGGGAGCCCAGGAGGGGAGGCCCAGGGUAGCCCCAGCAGGUCUACCCCAACUCCCUCUCACAGGGGUACCCACCAGGUCCUGGCUACCUCCUUGAAGGCCUGAGAUGACAGCCUAGCUCCCCAAGGCUCUGGCACCUCUGGGUCACAUUGCCAGCCUGAGUUCAGAGCUCACAAAAACCCCUCUUCCCAGUCAAUGGGUACUAGAACUUGGCUGGGUAAUGGGGUCCCUCUCAGGCCAGAAUUGUCACCUCCAUUAAUACGGUGAUGUGCUGGCAUGGUGGCUAGGACACAGGGGUAGGGACCAUCCCAUAUGGGGUCAGGAUGCAACCCAGGCCAAGAGAGGCCCAGGUGGUGCCAAGUGACUUCCUGAGGGGAAAUAGAGGAACAGCCUGGCAGAGUUUGGCAUCCCCGACCUCAAAUCCAGGACCCAGCAGGAAGCUGAGAGGGCAAGUCAGCUGAGGUGGGCAGGUGCCCACCCCACCCCAACUGCAGAGUAUAGGCUGGUGGGGGUUCAGCAGGCCGGGGCUUGACUCCUCAAAAUACCACAUGGGCAGGAUACCAAAGGGGUCCCCAAGAGCACAUCCCAAGCAGGGGACUGUCCACUGCCCCUGCAGCCACCUGUGGACCGGCACCUUCUCCCCCAGUGGUGAGCAGGCCCUCGCCCUCUGCGUGCAGCUCAUUUCCCACUCAGUGGUUGGAGCCGCUGGACAGCUUUAUCCCAUCACAUCCCUUAGCCAGUGGCUGAGCCACAAGGGGAUUAAGGGGCACAACCAUUUUUCCCGGGAAUGGUUCCUUGGGCAUCACACCUUACAGAAAUCAGGAUGAUUUGUGGUGAUUCAGAAUCUGUGUUUUAAUGACUUUCAC